CAGGUACUGUAAGGAGACAGUUGUUAAAGUCACGAUUCUAUGGUUCGUUGGCAUCCAGCAACCACAUAUUCUCGCACACGACCUUGAAGAGCUUUGGCUUUCUCUAAACGUCCCGUGCAGAUGAACCAUAAAUGAAACCAACAUAACCUUUAAAAAAGACUAAUGAUGCGGAGAGGACUGAGAACUUUGGAUGAGUUGGAGUACGAUGAGAUAAUUUAUCCAGAGGACUUUGACCAUGUAGAUCAAGACGAGACAGUGUCUCACCAUACUGGUGGAACUUCCACACAUGAAGCUACUCCAAAAGCCGACCCUACUUGUCCAGAUACCAGUGUAACUACUAUCGGACCAUCUGAUGAUAGUCUGGUGGAACUCAAUCCAGUUUACCUUCCUAAAGCAUAUGAACUUUUGCCGGAGGCAUUUGACGCGAACAAAUUCCCAAAAGCCUACAAAGUAAACAAUGCUAAGGAAGCACGUCUGGUCGAAUAUUGUCAAAACUUCCGUCGCCAGUAUGCUGACUUAUGUCCUGAUCGGACGAGACUGUUGCUAACUCCGAAGAAUGAAUGUGGAGUGGAAAAAUUUGUGUGUACAACACUGCAUCCAAUACAGCUAUCUUAUCCUGAAUUGUAUACUUGGGAGGGGGCUGCAAGUUUCGUGUCCGACUUUCUUGAGUUUGUCCCUCUAGUCCCAUCAACAGAGUUGCCCAAACGAUUACUCAGUCCUUCCACCACAAUAUCGAUUCAAAAAGGUAGCUGCUUCGAGUAUGCCAACCUACUUUGUUCUUUGUUGCUUGGGGUAGGCUAUGAUGCCUACGUAGUUAGUGGAUACGCCACCCGUGAAUGCUGCUAUAUGGAUCAAACGCGACUUGUAUCACCAUACAAGAAAAAGCCUGAGGUAAGAGUUGAGUCUGAGGAAGAAAGCGAGUCGAAGAAAUAUAUGAUACGACCACCAAAGGAUUUGACCUCCCAAUACGAAAGGGCCUGUUUGGCCAAAGAAUUGCACGCAGAGGCCGAACAAAAACGAUUAAACCAGGAAGAAGCCGAACGAGAGGAAGCAGAGGCCUGCAAACCUCCGAAAGACCCACUCCACGGACUCAGAGUACAUGCUUGGGUUUUGGUUCUUGCCGGACAACGCGAUGUGCCUGAGGCCUUCUUCAUCGAACCACUGACGGGAGUUGCCCAUCCAUUAGAGACAUCACUGUAUUUGGGAAUCGAAAGCCUAUGGAACGCCAAUAAUUACUGGGUCAACAUGCAAGACUGUUCCAAUGGGAUAGGCGAUAUGGAGUAUGACCUGGAUAACGGACAGAACUGGGAGUAUCUGUUACCCAGUGGAAGUGUGCGAAUCAAACCGGCUCCUUCGGAAUUGGAAUUCGCCAGAAAUCAACUUGCUGAAACAUCGGAUUGGCCAAUGGAAGGUAUACAUGUGCAAUCAACACUGAAUUAUGAGCUGGUAAGCCGUGAUAGUACUCAAAGCAGCCACAUUGUGAUGUCAACUCCGUUUUCUGCCCAUCGAGCAGGCACAGUGAGUGGUUUUGGACAACAAGGAACAAUCACAAAUACUGGUGACAUGCCCAGCAAGGAAGCCGAACAAAGCAAGAAAGUAGCUGGUUUGGAGGAUAAGCUGCUUCUGAUGGAUCUGCCACCAACCUGGACCUCGCCAAUUCGAAUUAGCCAAGAAUUAUAUGAAUUUCGCUACCCGGGUGGUCAAAAGACCGCGCUGUAUCGGCGAUGCAAAGUGGAAAAGUUUGCUCCAUUCUCCCAACCAGAUGGUCUGAUAUUUCGCCUAACUAACUACGCAGACAGAGAACGUCUCCACCCAACUGAUGUUCUGGAGAAAUAUGCUCAGCGUGCAGAUAAACUUCUUAGCCGCUUUCGCGAGGAAAGUACAAACGCUGUAAAUGAAAUCUAUGACCAUGGUCGCAAAUCUUACCACUUAGCAGAACAUCACUACUAUCGUAAUCAACAAGGACCACAAGCUCGACGAACAAUGUUUUUCUACCACACUGCCCGUGUAGAUGGCCUCGAAAAACGAGAACAAACCCCUACCACCAUGAAGGAAUAUUACGUUGGCCGCAGUGAUCGUAUGUGUUAUCGCGAGGCGUUAUUUGGUGCCAAAAUUAAAAAGUUUGGCCCGGCACAAUUAGCCAAAGAUGCAGAUGGCGGGGCACUCGUGUGUGUGACCAGUAGUAGCCAGCUAGCCAUCGAUAAAAUUACCGAGCGAUUCACACGUGACCCAAGCAAAGAGGCAGAUGAGGAUGUCGCAGAGCGGAUAUUUUUCAUUGCCGAGGAGCGCAUUCUCUUAACUUAUCACAUUGGAGAUGACCGAAUUAUAGCAUGUACCAGGGAGUUUAUCAAACCUCCGCCGAGUGAGGAUCGUCGAAAUAAUAUACAGCUCUAUUCUGAUACGCAUUAUACAUUUCAGGUCAAUCUAUUUGCCAAGCCCAAAACUCAGGUGGAAAUUUACAACAUGCUGAUGCAUUUGCUACACGAAGAGGAAGUAUCCAAGGCUGCCGUGCGUAAAUCCGAAGCUGAAGUACGACUAAUACUCAGUGAGCGAAUGGCAGAAGAAAACAAAAUCCAAUUGGAUAUCGAUUUGUUCGACACGUUAAGGAAUGUUGAAGCACACGAACUUCGGCUGCAACUAGAAAAAGAGGCCGAAGACGAGCUCACAAAAUGUAAAGAAGUCGAACUGGAUUACUUGGCGCCGUUCUUGUCACAGCUUGAAAUCAAUGACGGAAAGUUGACCCGCGAACAGGCGUUUGCCUUGCGUGAAGAAUGUUUACAAGACUUUAAACAACGCCUUAUCAACAAGGCAAACAUAAUACAAGGUCGAUUUGAGAGGGAAACGGAAAAAUUACAAAAGAAACAACAAUGGUACCAACUUAAUCAGAUCCAUAUGACCAAAGAUGACGAGCAACAGUAUCUGCAGUUCUGCAAUGACGCCACCUUCCGGAUUACCACACUUGAAGCCAUGUUGAUGAAACACAAACAAACUGCGCCGCAACGAUACAUGGCUCUGGAAAAGAAGCUUCGAUCGGACCCAAGGCUGAUCGAAUACCUUCAGGUCGGCUGAGACAAGGGAUCGCCUGUUCCGUCAUACAUUUUUAUCAAAGCCCAAAAGGGUAACUGGUUUACAGGAUACCAUUUCUAGGCAUGAUUCUAUUUAAAGCGAUUACUUAUGCUUGAUGAUGUACAGUUCCAGCCACAGUCCUCAAGAUGACCUCCUUAGUUCUCACUAAUCUACGAAGGUCUUGGACAAAAGAAUCUUCGAUUACA